GUCAACAUUCAAAGCUUAUACGCUGAGAAGGUGUAAACCAAGGCCAGACGACUGGCGGACCAUCUUCAAUGUCCGACCUGUUUGGAUAUUUUCAGUGAUCCUGUCAUCCUGCCGUGCAGUCACAACUUGUCUGCAGCAAUGGAAGGUCAAAGGAGAUCAAUCCUGUCCCGUCUGUAGGAGACGAUUUUGGUGGAUGGAUCCAACGUUGAAUUUGGCACUGAAGAAUCUGUGUGAAAACAUGACAUGCGCCUCAGUCAAGUCAGAAGACAUCUGCAGCUUGCACCAGGAGGAACUCAAACUCUUUUGUUUGAACCACCAGCAGCUCGUGUGCCUCAUCUGCAGAGACGCAAAAAUCCACGCUGGCCACAAAUUCUGUCCCCGUAAUGAAGCUUUGCAAGAUCUCAAAGUGAAACUUCAGGACGGCCUACAGAAAGCCAAAGAAAUUUUCAAAGAUUAUCAUGACUGUAGAGAGACCUGCAAUGAACAAGCAGAGUACAUCAAUGUCCAGAGGGAGAAGGUCGAACGCAAGAUUAAGAUUUUGCGGAGCUUCGUCGCUUCCUUGACUUUGAGGAGGAUGCCAGGUUGGCUGCAGUCAGGGAGGAAGAGAAGACGAAACGUCAGAUCAUUAAGAAGAGGAUUGCGGCUCUCGAGAAGCACAGAAGAGCAGUUGGCAUCUUGCGACGUUUCCUUCUUGAAGAAUGUCCAAACUGCGAUGAACAAAAUUCAAGAGCUGCCCAAAGAACCAGAGCUGCUCCCAGGAGGUCUGCUGGACGAAGCUAAACACGUGGGUAACCUCAAGUUCAACGUGUGGGAGGGGAUGAAGGAGAUGCUCUCCUACAGUCCCGUCAUUCUAGACCCCAACACGGCCCAUCCAGUAUUCAGUCUGUCCGAGGAUCUGACCAGUUUGGUAAAAGAAGCACAGCAGCGUCCAAAAAAUCCAGAGAGGAAUAUGCGGCAUUUUGUGCUGGGAAGUGCUUUGGAAUCGGGAAGACACAUUUGGGACGUUGAGGUGGGAGGCAACAAUGAUUGGCAGGUGGGGGUUGCGUGGGGGGACCCUUGUUUUCCAGGUAAAAUACUCACUUGGUGCAUUGGAAUUCGUGACUGUAAAUACACAAAACCUUCUGUCGCAUAUGGAGCAUGGAAUCCGCCUGUUGAAGUGCUGAGGGUCCGAGUUGAUGUGGACAUCAAUGAAAAGUCACUUUCACUCUCUGAACCUCUGACAAACACAGAAUUGUUUUCCGUUAAGAACCCUUCCAAUUGGCCAGACUUGUCCAGUAACUGCAAAAUGUAUCGUUACUUUUACACAACAAGUACAAGUCCUCUGAAAAUAAUCCCCUUUCUGCCUCGUGUUACGACUCAGAUGUGUUAGUGGUCUACGGAGGACCAAGAGUGCAAAAAUUAAAUAUAUAUGGCGGAAAACACCAAGGUUGACUUGAAGUUCUGCUCUGAGACCUCCAAAUUGGCCAAAUUUAAAAAUUGUCCUAUAUGCAUGUGAGAUACAUAAUUGGAAAGCUUAAAAUCUCAAUUUUCUGGUAGAAGAAAAAAAUUAAACAGGAGGGCAUUUAAAAAAAAAAAAAAAACAUUAUACAGCAAAACCCUAACUGGAGGUGAGAGUAUGCGAGAGCAUAAUUAAAGACGCCAUGAUUUUAACGAGAUAUUAUCGCGUAGUUACUUCUUUUCAAUCCAAAAACUCCAUGUAGCAUGUAUCACCGAGUGUCAAGACACAGCUGUGGAUGGCCACAGCCGGAUUUUGGGGGGAUUUUACACGUGAAACAUGGUCAUAUAACAAGGGUCGCGAUGCAGUAAUCGCAGUCAUCAAGGAGUGGCCCAGAUUUUCUUUUCCAUAUAUUUACCCUUUUUAACAUUUUUUUUUCAAUUUUUCUUUGUUUGGAUCAAUUAUUUAUCAUCUAAAAUACUGGGGAAAAUGCGACAGCAAUGAUAAAAAUACAAUUAAGUGACAGUUAUGAGAAGGAUAUCCGUGACAUUUUUACAGACGCUAAUUUUUUCAUUGUUACGUAAUUUGUUUAAAAUAUGCGAGUGAAUAAUUUUUUAAAGUCUUUUUUUUUUUUAAACUAUAUAUUAGAAAUCAAUUAAUGUUUCUAAGCUAAAAAUGACAGACAUUUUGAAUAAAAAAUAUAAUUAAUUACCUUCGUUUUAUGGCUGGUUGAAACAAAAGGGGUUGUGCGACGUCUGUAAACGGACAAAUUAAAAACAGUUCGGGGGCUUGUGCCAUGAAUCUGCUAAGGCAGCAUAAGACAUAUUGUUCCAUCAAAUACAACAAUUCUUUUGGCUAAAAUACAGCAGUUUAUUUUAAAGAGUGCAAGAGCAGAAACUGCUUUUUCAGUC